AUGCCGGGGCUUUUGACAUGCCAGAACACCGCUGGUGAAACCGUGCUCAUCGUCGGCACCGGCACCUCGCAAGUGCUGGCAAUGAGGGCGCAGACGCUUAGGGCCCAUGGCGCCGAUAUCGUGUUUGCCGGCCCCCAGCCGAUAUCCCCCACUGACGGCGCCGUUCGUUUCAUCGAGACGGCCAUCGACACCGACAAGGUCACCGCUAUCAUUGCCUCGGCGGGCCGAGAGGCAGUGGGCGGCUUUGUUGACCGCGUGUUUGUUACCCUUCCCCUGGCGUACCUGGAAACUAAGCAACGGCUUUACCAGUACUGUGUACGGAACCGGGUGCCGAUAAACACCAGUGAUCUGGCGCAGUUGAGCACGUUCACGUUGCUUUCGACGUUUGCCCAGGGCGACUUCCAGUUUGGCGUGACCACUGGGGGCAAAGGGUGCAAGUUGGCGCUGCGAAUCAAGCGGGAGUUGGCUUCGGCGUUACCGGCGAACAUCGGAGACAUCUGCGACACCGUGGGGGCGCUCAGACAGCGGCUCCAGCAGGAGGACGGGUUGGAAGGCGGCGACGGCGACAACGACGACGACGCCGUGACUACGUCGAAGCUCAACGAGCUUGUCCACGAGUUUGGCAUGACCCCCGACCAAAAGAAGCUACAGAGAACGCGCUGGUUAUCGCAGAUCGUCGAGUACUACCCGCUUGCCCGUCUUGCCCAGUUAUCGAUUGACGACCUCACCGUGGCUUAUACCCAAUCCACUCGCCCUGAACCCGCUCCCGAAGCCGCUCCGAUGGCGAAAGGGUCGAUUGCCCUUGUUGGUGCCGGGCCCGGCUCGGUGGCGUUGCUCACCAUCGGGGCGAUGCACGCGAUCCAAUCCGCAGAUAUCGUGCUUGCUGACAAGCUCGUACCGCAACAGGUGCUUGAUCUCAUCCCUCAACAGCGCACUGAGUUGUUUAUUGCCCGCAAAUUCCCUGGCAACGCCGAGGCCGCCCAGCAGGAGCUUUUGGACCGAGGGCUUGCUGGUCUCGAGCAAAACUUGAAGGUGGUGAGACUUAAACAAGGCGACCCCUACAUUUUCGGUCGUGGUGGCGAAGAAUACAACUUCUUUGCGUCUAAGGGAUACACGCCCACGGUGAUCCCCGGGUUGACGCUGGCAUUAGCUGCUCCCGUUCUCGCCAACAUCCCCGCCACCCACCGUGAGGUUGCCGACCAGGUGCUUAUCUGCACCGGUACCGGCAGAAGAGGAGCCGUGCCCCAGCUUCCCGAGUUCGUGCCUCUGAGAACGACGGUGUUCUUGAUGACGCUCCACCGCAUUGUCGAGUUCAUCCCCCAAUUGUUGGAGAAGGGGUGGGACCCUCAACUCCCCGUGGUGGUGGCGGAAAGAGCGUCGUCGCCGGACCAGCGGGUGAUCAGAACCACCCUCUCGCAAGUGGCAGCGGCCAUGGAAGCCUGUGGGCUGCGUCCGCCGGGGCUUUUGAUCACGGGGUACGCGUGCAACGUCAUCUACAAUAAGCCCUUACCCGACGACCAGCAGUGGGUGGUGGAAGAAGGGUGUAAUUUGGAUAGCAUCGAUUUACUGUCAUUCUUACAGUAA